UCUCGUCGUUGUCCAGCAUAGCACUACUUACUUGAACCCGGCACUUGAACUAGAGUUUGCACGCAAAUCAAGAUUUGACAGACAAAUUGUGGUUAUUGGCUACCAUCGUUAUGGCGGCUUUCAGAUCAACUUUGAUGGGUAUUCUUCUUCUUUCUGUGAUUCUUCAUAUUUCGCUACUUUGUGGUGUAAUUUCAAUGGGAACUGAUUCAACUGCGGUCACCCUUCAUGAGACUGAAGCUUUUCGUGAUAGUGAAGAGGACGAGGAUGGGGUCGUUGAUUUGGUGGAUGACCAAGAAAUACUUGAAGUCUUCAAACCAUCAGAUGAAUGGCAGCCCAUUAAAGAAGGUCAAGCUAUCCCAGCAGGACUUCACGUUAGGAUCAAUCUAGCAACAGGAGAAAAAGAGGCCAAAUAUCUGGAUGAUCAAGAGACAUCUCUGACAGGUGAUAAGUCUCAGGAAAAGGUGGAGAACAAUGUUGAGGAAAUGGAGAAACACCAUAGAGAGGAGCUUCAGGAAAGGCUUGCUAAGAUGACAGAUGAUGACAAGUGUGAUGACUGCAAUGAUAAUGAAGCAUUGAUAGAGGAGGUGAAACAACGAUACCGCUCUAUUGAAGAAAUCAAGAAGGAGUUUUCUAAGCUGGAGGUCGAUAUCAAAACAGACUACGAGAUCAUGGCAGAACUCCUUGAUGAAUACAGAAAACGUAUAGAUUUAUCACCCGAAGCUCGGAAACUCAUCCUACAAGAUCUGGAAUUCUUUGUUCAUAAGGUUGAUAAUGGAGUUGACUUUGCAAGUUUAGGAGGAUGGGAUGUUAUCAUGGGUGCAUUGAACUCCACCGAGGUGGUUCUUAACAGUGAAGCUGCACAUGUACUGGGGUCAGCAGUUCAAAGCAAUCCCAAGGCUCAGGUGAGUGCCUUUGAUAGCGGGGCACUGCACGCCCUUCUUCAUGUUCUCUCCCGAUCUCCUUCUAUUACCGUCAAGAAGAGGGCGCUCUACGGACUGUCGUCUCUCAUCCGUUUGUUCCCGUUUGCUCAGAGGAAGUUUAUUGAACUUGGAGGUCUAAGCGUGCUCUCUGGUUUAAUGAGAGAAACAAGUGAUUAUCUCCCGCUCCUAGACAAUAGCGUGCACCUCAUCCAAGUCAAAAGCGUGACUCUCGUCCACGAUUUACUAGUUGAACAGAGAAAUGCCUUUUAUUUGGAAACAAGUGAUGCAGACGAAGUUGCUAAGGAAAGGAAAUCACAGUACGAAAAAGUCAACCUUGUUGCCAAUUUGAUAGAUGGUGGUUGGUGUAAUGCAGUGCCUAUGUUGCUCGAUGAACCUGAUCAUGAUUCAAGAGAGAAAAUUCUUCUAUCGCUGAACACUUUCCAGUCAUUCUGUGAUUAUUCCACAAACCUUGACCUACACCACAGACUGGAGACCUUACGGAAGGAAUAUAGUGCUCUAGCUGGAGAAGAAACUCGGACAGGUGACGGUGAUGACUAUUUCCACUCCUUGCAUUCAUCGGUCGAUGGACUCUUAGAAGUAAUUGGAUCAGGAUGAUAAUGCCUGGUUAGAUUAGAGAUCCAAAUGUUCUAGUCAAUACCACUAUAAUUUAUAAAACAAGAAAAUUAAAAGAAUAGGAAGAUGCAUAAAUACUGGCUGAGAAAAGUAAUACUUCUACAAAUGAUGCAUGCACAUGGGUUUAUUAUUUGUUCUGUCCAAAACUAGAGUGGAGGCUGUGUUCAAAUCAUCGUAUGUAUCUGGUAGGAUGAGUACAAUGGACUGAACACAGCCUCUAAAAGUGUGGAUA